AUGGCGCCUAUCACGGAGUGCAUGAAGAAAGGGGAGUUUCAUUGGACACGAGGGGCGGCGAAGGCCUUUAAGUUAGUCAAGGAGCGAAUGACUGAAGCUCCUGUCAUGCGUCUUCCCGAUUUUUCCAAAGUCUUUGAAGUUGAAUGUGACGCUUCUGGGGUAGGUAUAGGCGGAGUCUUAAGUCAGGAUCGUCACCCUGUCGCCUAUUUCAGCAAAAAGUUAAAUGAGGCCAAACGACGAUACUCAACGUAUAAUAAGGAACUGUAUGCGGUGGUCCAAGCUUUGCGCUAUUGGCGCCACUACUUGUUGCCUCAAGAAUUUGUCCUUUAUUCGGACCACGAAGCCCUCCGUUACCUCAACUCUCAGAAGAGGUUAAAACCAGAGGGAGAAAAAGAAUUCGCGACAGAAGUAAAUGCAAUUGGGAGGACUCAUCACAAGAACUUAGUCAAUCUUCUUGGAUAUUGUCAUGAAGGAGAAAAUCGUCUCUUGGUUUAUGAAUGCAUGAGUAAUGGAUCUUUAGCUAGCCUACUUUUUGGGAUAUCCAGACCUCAUCGGAACCAAAGGGUGCAAAUCAUAUGCGGUAUUGCAAGAGGUCUGACGUACUUACACGAAGAAUGCAGCACGCAGAUAAUUCACUGUGACGUGAAGCCUCAAAAUAUACUUUUGGACGACUUCUUGACGCCAAAGAUUUCUGACUUUGGAUUGGCAAAACUUUUGUUGGCUGAGCAAAGUCAAGCAGCACUAACAAACAUUAGAGGGACGGUAGGUUACUUUGCCCCUGAAUGGUUUAGGAAAGCAUCUAUCACUGUAAAAGUCGAUGUUUAUAGCUUUGGAGUGAUGUUACUUGAGAUCAUUUGCUGCAAGUCGAGUGUCGAAUUUGCAAUGGGAGAAGAAGAGGAGGCUCUAAUAGAUUGGGCCUACGACUGCUACAGCAAAAAGAAACUAAAUAAAAUGGUGGAAAAUGAUGAAGAAGCAAGGAAUGACAUGAAAAAUGUAGAAAGGCUAGUGAUGGUGGCAAUUUGGUGCAUUCAAGAGGAUCCGUCAAUAUGGCCCUCCAUGAAAAGAAUUACACAGAUGCUUGAGGGAGUUGCUGAAAUUCCUGUCCCUCCUCGUCCUUCAGUAUUUAGUUCGUCUUAAAUUAUUAGUCUUGAUUUCGUUUGAACGGUAACUGAGAUAUAAUUCUCACUGUUGGUGGUAAAGUAAUGCAUCAUUAGAAUUCCUGCUUUCAAAUU